AUGGGGAGUCUCGGGCCAACAGACUUUGUCGCGCAAAAUGCCCACCUCGAUUUUGAUGUGCUCAUAAUCGGCGCGGGUCUGAGUGGGAUUUACUCCCUGUAUCGAAUGCGGCAGUUGGGAUUGAGAACUAAAGUCCUUGAAGCAGGUACAGGCGAGGGAGGCACUUGGUACUGGAACAGAUAUCCAGGCGCUCGAUUCGACUCAGAGAGUUGGUCUUACAACUUCUCAUUCUCACAGGAGUUGUUGGAUGAAUGGAAUUGGACCGAGCACUUCGCCCCUCAGCAUGAGACGCUGCGUUACUGUCAAUUUGUCACUGACAAGUUCGAUCUGCGACGGGAUAUGCAAUUCAACACCGAAAUCAAAACGGCACACUAUCACGACGAAAGCCGGUCGUGGGAAUUGACAGAUGACCGGGGUCGUCGCUAUACCUCGAGAUUCCUAAUUACGGCCAUAGGGAUAUUGAACAAGCCGACUUUGCCCAACAUACCCGGCGUCGAAGACUUCAAAGGACAAUCCUUCCACACUGCGCGGUGGCCACGAGAGCCCGUACCACUCGAGGGAAAGCGCGUGGGCAUCAUCGGAACAGGUGCAACUGGGAUACAGAUCAUUCAGGAAAUCGUAAAAACCGUCGGCCAUCUGACGGUAUUCCAGCGCACGGCCAAUUGGUCGGCGCCCUUGCGCAACUCCAAAAUCAGUCCCGAAGAGAUGGACGACAUUCGCAAGAGAUAUCCAGAGAUAUUCCGACUAUGUAGAGAAACGCCGGCAUGUUUUAUUCACCCAGCGCAGCCAAAGAAGACGACUGACGUGUCCGAGGAGGAACGGACGGCCUAUUGGGAGGAGAUAUAUUCUCAACCGGGGUUUGCCAAAUGGCUUAGUAACUAUGUGGAUGUAGCGUACGACAGACAGGCCAAUGCAGUGUGCAGCGAGUUCUUCGCGAACAAGAUUCGAGAACGCGUAAAGGACCCAGUGACGGCGGAGAAGCUCAUCCCGAAAGAUCACGGCUGGGGAACGCGUCGCAUACCGAUGGAAACGCAUUACUUUGAAGCAUACAACCGAGAUAACGUCCGGUUAGUGGAUAUUCGAGAGGACCCGAUCGAGCGCGUCACCGAGAAAGGAGUCAAGACCCUGAGCGAAGAGCACGAGCUAGAUGUUCUGAUAUAUGCGACCGGUUUCGAUGCUGUGACGGGCGCCUUCACGGCCGUGGACUUUCACGGGGUGGACAAGAAGAAGUUGAAGGAUGUCUGGACCGACGGGCCACAGACGCAGCUGGGCCUCUUCGUCCAUGGCUUCCCGAACAUGAUGAUGGUCAUGGGCCCGCACCAGAUGUUCGGGAACAUACCUCGAAGUAUCGAGUUUGCUGUCGGGUGGAUCGCAGACUGUAUCCGGCAUUGUCGAGACAGUGACAUCACUCGCAUCGAAGCCACCGAGAAGGGCGUCGAGGAGUGGACGAACCAUGUCAUUCAGUGCUCCGAGGGCCUGUUGACGAACGAGGUCGACUCGUGGAUGACGGGGGUCAACAAGAACCUGGCCCAUAAACAGAAAAGGCACGUUGCGCGGUACUCGGGUUCAGCCCCGGGGUACAGGAGCCGGUGCGAGGAGGUUGCGGCUAGGGGAUACUCGGACCUCAACCUUGCUUGA